GUGACGGGUUACGUCACGUGACGCGCUUAAUACGGCUAUUUGAGCGACUCUUCAGCCAUUUUUCCGUCGCUCAGCUGCAGAGACGCUUCUGGAAGCAACAUCAGUAUGGCAGCCCAAGGAGAACCCCAAGUACAGUUCAAGCUUGUUCUUGUUGGUGAUGGUGGUACUGGUAAAACAACAUUCGUAAAGCGUCAUUUAACUGGAGAGUUUGAGAAAAAAUAUGUAGCAACAUUGGGUGUCGAAGUUCAUCCUUUAAUGUUCCACACUAAUAGAGGCCCUAUCAAAUUCAAUGUUUGGGACACAGCUGGUCAGGAAAAAUUUGGUGGCCUUCGAGAUGGCUAUUAUAUCCAGGCCCAGUGUGCUAUUAUCAUGUUUGAUGUAACCUCAAGAGUUACAUACAAAAACGUUCCAAAUUGGCACAGAGAUUUGGUCAGAGUGUGCGAGAACAUUCCCAUUGUAUUAUGUGGAAAUAAAGUAGAUAUUAAAGACAGAAAAGUUAAAGCAAAAUCCAUAGUCUUCCACAGAAAGAAAAAUUUGCAGUAUUAUGACAUUUCUGCAAAAAGCAAUUACAACUUUGAGAAGCCUUUCCUUUGGCUUGCCCGAAAGUUAAUUGGUGAUCCUAACUUGGAGUUUGUAGCCAUGCCAGCACUUGCACCGCCAGAGGUUGUUAUGGAUCCUACAUUGGCAGCACAGUACGAGCAAGACUUACAGAUUGCUCAGUCCACUGCACUGCCAGAUGAAGAUGAUGACCUGUAAAGAAUGAGGCUGGAACCCAGCGUCAGAAGUCUAGUUUUAUAGGCAGCUGUCCUGUGAUGUUGGUGCAGUGUGUUUGCCACAUUUAUUAUCUAGCUAAACAGAACAUUACAUGUGCUUAUCUUUGGGAUGCUGAAGAAAUGAAUGGGCUUCUGAGUGAAUGUGUGGCAGUUUAAAAAGAUUAAAAUUUCUUCAUAUUUUGGACCUGCAUCUUUAGCUGUUGAUGGACUGCAAUUACUAUCCCUUAUUGAUCUAACUUGCGACUGCCAAGUUGCAGCACACCAUAUGAACCUUGUUGGUUACUGUCAUUCCCACUAUUUUGUUUUAGGACGUAAUAAAGUUGUAUUAUGAAUCUCUAA